AUGCUGCAGGAUGGCGGACCUCUAAUCAAAGAAGCCUACAUCACUACUGGCGCCAACCUCCUGAAGCUCUACAUCAACGGCAAGGAUCUCAAUCCUGACUCGCAGGAGCCGCCCGUCGUACAGAUCACUGGCGUUCGCACCGAGUGCAUCGCCAGCACCCUCCAGGCCUCUGCCACGCAGAUCUCGUGCAACCUGGUCAUGCCCGAGUCGGCCCCCAUCACAGCGCUCGACCUCCAGGCGCAAGUGCAGACCCGCUUCGGCCUCUCGCGCUCCGCCAAGGCCUCCUUCUCUGCAUGCCCGGGCGGUUGUAAGAACGGGGGAAGCUGCUGGUGGUCGAAGGACAAGGCCGCCACCGAGUGCGUGUGCCCCGAGCGCUAUCACGGCGACCAAUGCCAAAACGUGUACGCCGAUGACGAACCGGUGCUGCAGUCCACGGCGCCUCUGGGAGGCGACUACACGCUGGAGGGCGAGACGGUGAUCGCUUUGACCGGCCUCGUGAUGCCCAAGCCGGAGCUGUUGAUGUCGGCCCUCUGCCGGGUCUCUCGCGGCACGCCCGCCGAAGUCAAGGUGGUGGACGGGCAAGUGAUUCAAGACGAUGUCGUGUGGACGGGUCCGGUGACGCCCUACGACGGCCGACAUGUUUCUCAGUCGGAUGCGCUCACCAUCUCAGGCCUGUGCAUCAUGCCCGCCGGCCAUCUGGCGGCCUACAUGCGCGAGCACGAAGCCGACACCGACCUCUCGCACCUCACGGUGGCCGUCGUGUGGCAGGCCAACCAGGGCGGCGACCUGUCGAGGGAGUCCAAGGUCAAGGGCAGCUUCAUGCUUUACGGGCCGCUCGACAUUGCGAGCUCGAUCGUGAAGGCCGUGGGCAACGAGGCCGACGGGGGCGAGAUGCGGGUGCUGCGCGAGCAGAGCGUGCGGGUGAGCCUGUGCGACAGGCGCGGGCGCAACCGGGUGGGCGGCGACGACGCCGACCUGUUCUUCCUCGACUUCUUCGCUGGCCCUUCGCUCCAGCCGCGGUUCCGAUACUCGGCGUGCCGCACCAACGAGCGCGACCCGGCAUGCGCCUAUUACGAGUUCACCAUGUCGUUCGACUUUGCCGGCACCUACAAGGCCAAGGUGAUGGCCUUUGCCCAGGCCACUCUGCUCGCCCAGAUCCAGAAGGAGCUGGUCUUCAGCGUGCAGGGUCUGGGCGACAUGGCCCUGCCGGUGGCGCCCGCAUCAGCGUCGAGCAUCUCGUGGGCCGAGAGCCUGCGCGAUCGCGAUGCUGCGCUUCCUCCCUUCGACAAGAACCUCGCCCAAACGGUGUCGCCCAACACGGGAGCGGCGGACAGGUUGGGCGUGCUCGAGGGCCUGUUCGAGCGCAUCGAGGGCCGGUGGUUCAGCCAGCGGCAGACGGUGAGCGUGGCCUUCGAGAGCGGGCUGUCGGAGGUGUCCAUGGGCUCGGUGCACGCGGUGCGCGCCCAGGGCAUCAGCGACCCCUACUUCUGCGACGCCCACACGGACGAGCUCAAAGCCGGAGUGCUGACAAGGUCGAUCAAGCCGUGGGACCAGGUGGAUAAUGUGCCGCGCCAGUUCGUCCUCUCAAGCGUGGGCGUGAGCGAGACUGAGUGCGUGAGCUCGAUGACGAUCAAUGUAGUGCUGAUACACAGCCAGCCCUUCGACAUCCGAAUCACGCUUACGCGCGUGGGCAAGCAGAGCGCGCAGCCCCGCGCCACCAACAUGAGCACCACCAUCGUCCUCAAGGACUUUGACAGCACUCUGCCGCAGGAAUUCACGGUGAGCACGGUGCCGGCACUGGGCUCGUUGGAGGGCCGGCCUGUGCGGGCGGAAUGGGUGCUCGACGUCCAGCAGCGGGCGGGCUCGACGGGGAAGGGUUUCGUGCGCGACUGGUGGCUCGACUUUACCUCCGACAACUGCCUCCAUUUCCAAGGGGCGCAGGGGAUCUGCGGCUUCGGCCAAGGGCAGCUGUUCGCGCGCGGCGCCACCGACGACGACAACGUGCACCUGGAGUGCCCCGCCGGCGGUAUCAUCUCCGAGAUCGUGUGGGCGCGCUACGGCCGCAUCGAGGGCUCGUGCGAGACGGCCACCACGACGACGCCGCUCACGGUGCACGACGCGUGCGAGGCCUCGCCGCACACCGUCAAGAAGCGCGUGGCGAGCGUGUGCGUGGGCCAAACGUCGUGCGUGGUGCGCGCCCUUGACACGCUCUAUGCCGAGGCCGAGGGCGAGCCGUUCCUAUGCGCCGACGAGCUAGUCGCGUGUCGCGAAGACCGGUCGCUGCGGGCCGAACGGUCGAGCCGGCGGCAGGCGCGGUACGAGUCGCGCGAGCACCACGCGCAGGCGCACAUGGCGCCGGUGACCUAUGGCGGCACGGAGGACCACUACUUGAAGUCGACCAUGGUGCGCCACCACACGGAGCCCUUCUUCCGCCCGCGCCUCGACAACAACGGCGACAACAGCAACAACGGGAGCGUGGUGGUGGUGGCGCGAGACCUGAGCAUGGAGUGCAGCUCGGAGCCGCGGGUGAAGAAGGCGCUCAUGGUGCAGGCCCGUUGCAAAGAUGCCAACGCGGCGUUCAAGCACACGGACACGCCGGCCGUGGCCAAGAAGAUGGUGAUGGCGAGCGCGAGCGCCGACUUUGACAACGACUGGAAGGACGAGGUGGUGACCCUGUUUGGAUACGAGGGCGGCCCGCUCCACGCCUCCUUCACCGCAGUGGCCGACGGCGAGCCCUCGACAGUGGUGGUGCGCGACCUCAUCGUGGGAGGCGGCAGUGGGAGCGGGAACGCGGUGGUGCUGGGCGAGGGCGGGCACAUCGAGAUGGCGACGGGCGACUUUGACAACGACGGCUACCCCGAGCUGGCCUUCGCCUUCCUCGACGCCAGCAGCAGCGGCGGCGGCGGAGGAGCGCUCAAGGUGUUCUUGUGGGACCUGCGCAUGGAGUCGGCCGAGGUGUGGGGCAGCGGCGUGGCCAAGGCCAACCUGGCCGACCUGCAGCCGUGCGAGGGGUGCUUUGCGGAGGAGAGCGAGAAGCUGCGGGCUCUGUUCGCCACGGCGGUCGAGGUGGCGGUGGCGGGGCGCCCGACCUACCCGAUCGUGCUCACGGACGCAGCGGCGACGGCGGCCGGUGUGGAGAGCGGGAGCCGGCUGGACGCGGGCGGGUUCGGCUACUCGCUGGCGGCAGCCAAGGUCAACGCUCUGCCCUCCAUGCUGGCGGUGGCGUGGAUCGCCGAUCGGAGCACGGUCUCGUGGGCGCUCUUCCGCCAGACGUCGCAGUCAUCGGCGGCCAUGGUGUCGGCCGAGCCGCACUCGCUGGUCUCGCUGCGGCAGCCGCACGCCGUGGCAGUCAACCUGGGCGACUACGAGGGCUCGGGCCUGGCCGAGCUGGCGCUGGGCAUCGUCGACGACAACGAGGUCACGCUCUACCUGUACGCCAUCGACGAGCUCACCGUGGGCAGCUUGCCCAUGGCGCUCCAGAAGACGCUGCCCAUCGCGCAGGCGCCCUGGUUGGACACCGCCCAACACAACUUGCGGAUGGUGUCGGGCGACCUGAACAACGACGGCGACG